UCCCACUGCUCGGCGAUAACCAAAACAACGUGCUGCGAAAUAGUUAUUUCUACUUAUUUUCUUUUUCAAAUCAACGUUUUAACUAUGCCUCAGGGAAAAUUCAAAAAGGCCAAGAUGCCUGCCUCCAUGCAGAAGCAGAAAAAACAAAAGCAGGCUGCCUUCACCCGUCGGUCAAAUGCUCCAAUUCAAGCCAAGAAGGCCAAGUUCAACGAGACGCAGAAGAUCAAGGCCGUCAUCUCCAAGUCGGUCAACAAGAGUGUUGAGAGCGAGCUGCGUUCCCGCGCCCACGAGGGCUACAUCCAGCUGAGCAAGGCCCAGGAGGCUGUGGCCAAGCACCAUUCUACGCAGGCGGCGGCAGCUGCGGCAGCUAGUACCUCCAAGACCGCAGAAUAGUAUACUUUUAGGCUUAAAUAUACUCUAUAAACUGUUGAUAACUGAAAGAGCUGUUUACUGUGUAAUGGAGGCUUUCUUAGUUUAGGAAUACAUUUUAUUAAGAGAAAUCCUUAACAAUUUUCUUUGUUUAAAGUACUUAAAGAAUGUUUGUAUAGUUUUAACUUCAGUAAAAUUAAAUUUUGUACUAUUUUA